CUGAGACCAGUUCGUUCAGCUCCCACGAAAAAACUAACAUCCAUAAACUGUGAUAAAUCGAGCAUUAUCGUGAAUUAUUUGUGCAAAUGCAUUUCCAAAGAAUUUAGGCGUUCGACUCAUGUUAUAAAUGACGCACAGUGAGCGGGAGAGAGAGGGUGAAGAGGAUUACACAGUUAGACUGCGGAGGGAGGAGUAUUUCCUUUCUGUUUCUGCUUGGACAGCUGUGGACAAACAGCCACACACACACACACACACACACACACACACACAGUUCUAAGUACAUAUCAGAGGAAAGAAAUUAUCACAGGAGCUUGUCUUUCCCGCUGCCCGAUGUAUUCACAGACUGGACAGAUUUUCAGAAAUGAUAGCCAACACCUCCCUCCUCCUAAGCCCGGCCUCCGUUGAGGGAGAGGCCAGCGCCUCCAGCCUGGCGGACUCCAGCCUGGCGGACUCCAUCACCGAGUCAGUGCUCAUCUUCUUCUACGUGCUCAUCGUCUCCCUGGGAACCGCGGGCAACGCGGCGGUGGUCUGGACGGCGGGCUGGCGGCUCCCGCCGACGGUGACCAACGUGUGGCUGACGAACCUGGCGGUGGCGGACCUGGCGUUCAGCCUGAGCCGCGUGCCCUCGCUGCUCCGGGUGCUGGUCUUCCGGCACUGGCCCUUCGGGGGCUUCCUGUGCAAGGCCAGCGGCCUGCUGAAGUACGCCAACAUGUUCUGCAGCGUGUUCCUGCUGAGCGUCAUCAGCCUGGACCGCGCCGUGUGCGUGUGCCGGCCCGUCCUGGCCAAGCGCUUCCGCUCGGUGCCCGCCGCCCGCCUGGUGAGCGUCGGGGUGUGGCUGCUCGCCGUCGGCCUCAGCGUGCCCUACUGCGCCCACCGCUGGGUCCAGCCCGGCAAGAACAACCUCACCAGCUGCUCCAUUGAGCCCCGGGAGGGCUCGGAGGGGGCCAAGCUGGGCCUCUACGUCCUGCGCUUCCUGUGCGGGUUCCUGCUCCCCUUCCUGGUGAUCCUGGGCUGCUACACUGUGGCCGCCCUCGGGCUUCGUCGCACCAGGCUGGUCCGCAGGUCCAGGCCCCUCAAGAUCCUGGUCUGCCUGGUCGCCGCCUUCUUCCUGUGCUGGGCGCCCUACCACUGCCUGCUGCUGGCCAAGCUGGUGAACGGCAAGAGCCAGGCACUGACGGUGGGGCUCAACCUGGCCAAGGGGCUGGCCUACCUCAAUAGCUGCGUGAACCCCCUGCUCUACUUCUUCAUGGGCCUGGGCCCCGGGAGGUGGAUGGGGCAGGGCCUGUUUGGGCCCUGCCGGAGGGCCCUGGAGGAGGACAGGGAGGGGCAGGCGGAGGACCGGGGGAAGGGCCAGAGCUUGGUCCCCUCGCCCCGAGCAGAUCCGACACUGACUGCCCCCUCUGCCUUGGCUGCCCCGACAGUUUGAGAGCGACCAUGAGCAACAACGUGAACAAAAAUAGGAAAUUCAAACAUGAAAAAUUAUAAUAUAUAUAUUUUAUAUAUAUUGUUUUGGACAUUUAUAAAAGCAGAGAUUUUCUUUUUUAUAUUUAUGAAAGCGUUGAACUUUGCAUAAACAUUGAUAUUUGUAUGAGCAUUAACUUGUUAAAAAAUGGUUGUGGUUAAUUUGGAAAUUUAAAGUAAAAAAAAAUACAUAUCUGAAUACUGGAUAUUAUUUCGGGGUAAUAUCAUAAUGGCAUUAAAUUAAAAACUGAAUUCAUUGUGGGAGGGCUGACCCUGUUUGUCAGGUCAGGAGAGAUGCCUUGAAAAAAAAAGAAAUUCUGAUAAAGAAGUUCAUCCCAGUUUCCAAGAAAUUCCCACACCACUCCUCGCUCCCAACCACAGGGGCCCUGACAACCAAGCACAGAAAUAGUCAGAGGCUCUGGACCCUGAGAUCCACCAUUGAAAUGAGAAAAGACUGAAAGGGAAGGGAUUAAUUCCGUCACACAGACAGACAGACACAGGAAGCAGUGCGGGUAACAGACAGAGCAGGACCCACAGCUGAGAAGGUGUUGUGGCAGGGAUCACACACUAACAGGAAGAAUCUCAAAUUGAUUAUUUUACUGCUUUAUGACAAGCUGAGCAGCUCACUGCAUUAUCCCACCUAACAACUUUAACAUUUUCUAUACCGCUGUCUAAAGUCCGAAUUAAAUGCAUUGAUAUAUGAACCUCUAUAAUUCCGG